AUGUCUGACACAGAAGAAGUCGUCGAAGAGGAAGUUCAGGAGGAAGAAGAUGAGUCAAAGCCUAAGCCCAAGUUCAUGACAAAUAUCACUGCCCCAAAGAUCCCUGAUGGUGAGAAAGUGGAUUUUGACGACAUCCACAGGAAGCGUCAGGAGAAAGAUCUGUCUGAGCUGCAGUCUCUGAUCGAGGCUCACUUCAUCCAGAGGAAGAAAGAGGAGGAGGAGCUCAUUGCCCUCGUUAACAGAAUUGAGAAACGUCGUGCUGAGAGAGCAGAGCAGCAGAGAGUCCGUACAGAGAGGGAGAAGGAGAGGCAGGCCAGACUUGCGGAGGAGAAAGAGCGUAAGGAGCAGGAGGAGCAGCGUAAGAAGUACGAUGAUGACGCCAAGAAGAAGAAGGCCCUGUCAAUGAGCGCACAGUACAGCGCUGGACAGAAGAGUGACAACAGAAGAGGAGCCAAGAAACAAACUGAGAGGGAGAAGAAGAAGAAGAUCCUGGCUGACCGCAAGAAGCAGCUAAACGUUGAUCAUCUGAAUGAGGAUAAACUCAAGGAGAAGGCCAACGAGCUGUGGCAGUGGCUGAUGGGUCUGGAGGCUGAGAAGUUCGAUCUCGGUGAAAAACUCAAAAGACAGAAGUACGAUAUUAACCAGCUUCUUGCUCGAGUCCAGGAUCACCAGAGUGCCAAAGGGCGCGGAAAGGGAAAGCUGGGCGGCCGGCUGAGGUAA